CGUCUUUGACUUUACAUUAUCAGUCUUCCAUUUCCUUCUCAACCCUGAAAAGCCCACACACACCUUUCGUGGCGCUCAAAUUUGCAGACGCCUUAUUCGACACACAUUAUAAUCUAUAUAAACACAAAACAUAUAUAUCAUAUGGCACCAUUUCAGAAGGGGCAAAAUUUCGUGUUAUUGUUAGAGAAUCGGUGUUUUGUAUGAAGUUUAACCCCAUUCACUAUCACUUCUCCACCUCUGUAUUAUCCAGGAUGGCCGAGGAAGUUGGCAAGACCGACCUGCGAUCGUCUGCCGCUACUUCAUCUGCACCUUCAAAAUCCAGAUCCUUGUGGCCUUCUCUCUUACGUUGGAUACCCUCUUCUACCGAUCAUAUUGUCGCCGCCGAGAAGCGUCUCCUUUCUCUAAUCAAGACCCCGUAUGUUCAAGAACAAGUUAAUAUAGGCUCAGGCCCACCAGGGUCCAAAAUCAGGUGGUUUCGUUCUUCAAGCAACGAGCCAAGAUUUAUCAACACAGUCACCUUUGACAGCAAAGAGGAUUCUCCCACUCUUGUGAUGGUCCAUGGAUAUGCUGCAUCACAAGGUUUCUUCUUCCGGAACUUUGAUGCCCUCGCCAGUCAUUUCCGGGUUAUUGCUAUUGAUCAGCUCGGUUGGGGUGGAUCAAGCAGGCCAGAUUUCUCGUGCAAAAGCACUGAAGAAACUGAGGCAUGGUUCAUUGAUUCCUUUGAGGAAUGGCGCAAAGCAAAAAAUCUUAGCAACUUUAUAUUGCUUGGACAUUCUUUCGGUGGUUAUGUUGCGGCUAAAUAUGCUCUUAAGCAUCCUGAGCAUGUUCAGCACUUGAUUUUAGUGGGGCCAGCUGGAUUUUCAUCAGAAUCAGAUGCAAAAUCUGAGUGGAUUACCAGGUUCAGAGCAACAUGGAAAGGAGCAAUUCUGAACCAUUUAUGGGAGUCCAAUUUUACUCCUCAAAAGCUUGUUAGAGGCUUAGGUCCUUGGGGUCCAGAUCUUGUUCGUAGGUAUACAAGUGCUAGGUUUGGUGCAUAUUCAUCUGGGACUAUAUUGACUGAAGAGGAGUCCAGAUUACUGACAGAUUAUGUCUACCACACUUUGGCUGCCAAGGCCAGUGGAGAGCUGUGCUUGAAAUACAUAUUCUCAUUUGGAGCAUUUACUCGGAUGCCUCUUCUGCGCAGUGCAUCAGACUGGAAAGUACCAACCACUUUUAUUUAUGGGGUCCAAGAUUGGAUGAACUAUCAAGGGGCCCAGGAAGCCCGCAAGCAAAUGAAGGUCCCCUGUGAAAUAAUUAGGGUUCCCCAGGGUGGCCACUUUGUGUUCAUUGACAACCCCAGUGGGUUCCAUUCGGCCAUGUUUUAUGCUUGCCGUCGGUUUCUCACACCAGAUUCAGACAAUGAAUCCUUUCCCGAGGAUCUAAUAUCAGCCUAAAAGGAGCCUGGUUUAACAUUUCUGUAUCAUAUAGAUUAAGGAAAGGUGUAAUUAGUUAGGAAAUUCAUUCUUUAUUUGUGUAUCUUUUCUAAACAUCUCAUUUAUACCUGAGUCCAUAGUUGUGGAUACUAAGAAUGAACUCAGGUCUGACUAGUCCAACAGUUGAGCAUCUAGCAGGUCUGGUUUGAAAAGAUGUAAUCAAUAAGCAUAAAAACUAGUUAAAGCUGAGAAAAACUAGUAAAUACUAGUUGGGUUAAUUAAAUUAAUCCACUUGGAUGACGAAAUUUGAUGAUUUUCAAUUUGAAUA